CACCAUGAGCUACUACAGCGGCUACUACGGAGGCCUGGGCUACGGCUAUGGAGGCUUCGGAGGUCUGGGUUAUGGCUAUGGAAGCUAUGGCUGUGGAUGUAACAGCAUCCGCAGACUGGGCUGUGGCUGUGGUUAUGGAGGUUACGGUUAUGGCUCCGGCUAUGGAGGCUAUGGAUACGGCUCUGGCUAUGGAGGCUAUGGAUUUGGCUCUGGCUAUGGAAGCUAUGGAUAUGGCUGUUGCCGUCCUUCAUGUUGUGGAGGAUAUGGGUUCUCCAGCUUCUACUGAGUGAAUUGCUGAAAUUAGAAGCAAACAGGACACUUCCAAAUAUGUGGUCCAUUUUAUUUGCUCAUAUGCCAGAGACAUGCAUUCCAUUUCCCCCGACACCAAUAGGAAUGCUCAAGCAGCUUCUGUGACAAUUUUGUGUCUUUAACCUCUGUAUCCAUUACCAAAAUGCAUAUUUAAUAUGAAUAAUACUUCAAUGUACUCUUCCUGUUUUGGUUUGUUUUUAAUUACUAAUGCCAUAUUAUCUUUCGAGUAAUAUAGAGAAAAUUUAUGCUUUGCUGUUAUCUAAUAAAUUUUUGAAGUGUUUACCAUUA